AAAUUGGGCGUGGCCUGCUGCCCUUACGGGAAGUCGAGAAUAAAGUCUCCAAAGAGUUUUAAAAACUCAGCCAAGCCAACAAAGCGGGGAAAAGAUGCACUACUAUCGUUAUGAAAAUGAAGAGGUCAGCUGCUGCUACAAGUACCUCAUGUUUAGCUACAACAUAAUAUUUUGGCUGGCUGGAGCAGCAUUCAUCGCCAUUGGGUUCUGGGCCUGGAGUGAGAAGGGUGUGCUGUUGGACCUGACCCAGGUGACACGGCUACAUGGCUUUGACCCUGUGUGGCUGGUGCUGGCUGUGGGAGGUAUCACCUUCAUCCUGGGCUUCGCAGGAUGUGUAGGUGCACUCAGGGAGAACAUUUGCCUCCUCAAAUUUUUCUCAGGGGUCAUCGGGUUCAUCUUCUUCCUGGAGUUGACGGCAGCCGUGCUGGCGUUUGUCUUUCAGGACAACGUCAGGGAGUGGAUCAAUGACUUCUUCCUGGCCAACGUCAAGGCCUACAGAGAGGACAUCGACCUGCAGAACCUCAUCGACUCCCUGCAAAAGAUGAACCACUGCUGCGGAGCCAAGGAGCCUGAUGACUGGAACCUGAAUCUCUACUUCAACUGCACCGUCAACAACCCCAGCAGAGAAAGUUGUGGAGUGCCCUUCUCCUGCUGCCUCAGUGACCCUGCAGACACCGUUUUAAACACCCAGUGUGGAUAUGAUGUCCGUAAAGGUCCAAAGGGGGUCUGGAGUAACGCCAUUUACGUCAAGGGCUGCAUCCCAGCCUUGGAGGAGUGGCUGCCUCGGAAUAUCUACAUAAUAGCUGGAGUAUUCAUCGUUAUAUCUGUACUCCAGAUGAUGGGCAUCUUCUUUGCUCGGACACUGAUCGGUGACAUUGAGAAGGUCAAGUUUAACUACUACUGAGUGGUGUGGUGGAAUGCAUAGGCCUACAGAGGACAGUACUGGGACUAUCCACCAUACAUUCCUCCCUCUCUCUGAUCUCCCUCUGAGGCAUGGCAAGGGACAAGAAUACUUCUAUACCUGUGGCAUGUUAUCUUUGGACUGUUCUGUCAGUCUCUGGAGAUGGGAUACCUCUGCAGAGCCUGCACAGUGGACAUUAAUCCGCCUUAUUCAACUCACGGCUCUUAUGUGCCUUCUCUCACAGGAUUGCAGUCGGACUUAAAAUACACCCUGGGUUUCCCUUUGUUUUUGUAAUUAGAUACAUUCUUGUAUGGUUUGCCUCAGACACAGUGAAUGUUUUCCUCUUUCCCGGGGACAGCGUCUUAACCAAUAGACCCAAGUAGUUUCCUGGGUCAAUACAUCAUACCUCAAUGAUCCAAAAACAACAAUAUAAGUCGUUGCACAGGUUUGAAAGGUGUGUUCUCUAGCCUGCAGUGUUUCAUGAGUAGAAUGGUAGCAUAUCAGACUGGGGGAGGAGGAGGAGUUUACCACGUCAGUGCAGCUGCAAUGGCUCCGAUAUAAGACCUCGCCCUAGAGCUCAAUCUGAAACAACAGGAUUUCAGCACUGUUGUGAGACAGGCUUUCAACUGGGACCACCAUUGUCCCUUACCUCAGCUAAACAUGAGAAAUGCAGCUCUAUUUUAAAGGUAGACUCAGCGAUGUGACGUAGAUGCAGAAAGUAAACCGCAUGGUGGGUCAAUUUCCACAACAAAGUGGGAGGCUCAACUUGUCUUUUUUUAUUCUGUACCUACAAUGCUGUAAAGAGUGAAGCGAACCCGUGCACCUGCGCAGAUACUGUGUUGAGCGAUAAGUCUUGCAUCUUGCUCUUCUCAAUAUCUGUGGUGCUGCUCGUGGCAGUCAUUUAGCUGAGUCUACCUUUUUCAACCAUUAGAAUCAGUCUGCAGCCGGUCAAAACCAAAAGUGCACAGCUGAACCUCUGACCUAUUGUCCAUCAUGCCUUGUCUUUUCUAGCAGUCAUGUGUCUCACAACUUGUCAUACAUACUUGUCAUUCCACAAUGUGCACUGCAUCAUGCCAACUAGCGUUGCGUAUCGGUCAUGUAGACACACGACUUAAGGGAAACAACUGUUGACGCAAUGUGUGUGUGUGUGUGUAGAUGACAUGUUUUAUUUUGAUCAGUCUUAGAUGACCCCUAAGUGAAGUAUUAGUUGUUAGCUUGUUGACUCAGAGUAGCUGAGUUUGAUUAUUUUGCUGUUGUGUUGACUCCAGCCAAGGAAGCUUGGGCAAGUGCAGCAGUGGAGACAGAGCCCAGUGUCUCUCGCCCAGACAGACAGGGAGACAUCCAGAGCAGCAUGGUCCACUUGAACUACAGGUGAGAUCUGAUCAUAGUGCUCACAUCCCAUCAACCUAUAUCCGGGAUUGUGCUGUGAUCACAUCGCUAGACCUGGUUAUCUGCCUGCAUGGUGAACGUUUUGAUUGAGAGAUUGUAUUCACCUAUAAUGUCUUGAAUAAUUUUUACUGUCUUAUCUUGAUGAUCUGUUUUUCUAAACACAUUCACAAACGCAAACCCAGUCAGCGCCUUUUUAAUUUUAGCUUAAAUGUGCUGAACUGUUCUACUCUCCUCUUGUUAGAUAUUAAAUACAAUGUCUGAUCGGGCUACCCGGAGGCACUUUAUGUAGAAUAGAUACAAUUACAACUGUACGGGGGGUUUUGAUGCCCAACUCGUGUCUCCUCGGCUCAGCCUUUACACCUCAACAAGACACCCAGCCCACAUCCAAGUGACCUCUGGCCACAGAAUGAGCACAGACUUCCUGAAACAUUACUCCAAGCCUUCUGAAAGCGUUUUCAGCGGAGGUGUUUGCUGCAAGCUAGAUAACUGCCAGUGCCUACACACAUUGAGCUUGCUCUACCUUCAUCCUGUCCAAUGAUGCCCUGCUCAUUCCCCCUCUACUGCUGUCCUCAUACCAGAAUGGGGAGCUUUACAUAAUGGCAGGUAGCCUAGCGGUUAAGAGCAUUGGGCCAGUAAUCGAAAGGACACUGGUUCGACUCCCCUAGCCUACUAGGUGAAAAAUCUGACAUGCCCUUGAGCAAAGCACUUAACCCUAAUUGCUCUGUGUAACAGUGUCUGCCGAUUGACAAUAAUGUAAUUGUUGAAUGAGGAUAUCUUUACAGCUGAUGAAUGCUAUGCUUGAGUUAUGUCAUACAUUACAAGAUCAAAUUAAAGGACUUUCAUUCAGGCCUUCAACUCCCAUUUACACAUCUGAUGGUCAAGGUCUUUUAUGUAGUUUAACAUAAUUUUUGUGUGCGUGUGUUACAGAUUGCUUCCAUGUGAUCAUGGGAGUGUUUUUAACAAAAGGGACUUUUUUUUCACAUGUAGGUGUUCUCUGUUUUACCUAAUUACAUUUUGUAAAUGUGAAUUUUAUUAAUUCUGGAUAGGUUUUUAUAAGCAAUAAAGUAUGUUUGUCCAUUUUU